AAAACAAGCGACUGUAUCAAAGUCUCCCCAUCACCUCUCUCUUCUUUCUUUACUAAUAAUGUCGACAUCAUUCUCAGUAUCUUCUUCCUUUUCUCAUCCCCAUCUAUUUUCCUUCUUUCUUUCUUUCUUUCUUUAUCCUUUUCUAAACCCUCCCUAUUCCCUCCUACAGCAACAACAACAGGAUUUAUAAAACAAACAAAAGCGGUUUGUUCUCGUCAAGAUUUAUUACCACUUUAAUAUAAUUUUAGUCAAGACCCUUCAGCUAUAUAUAGAGAUUUGUGUUAGUGUUAUGCUUUCUCUGUUUAUUACGUAAUUGGAAAUAGAGUUUUUGAGGGACAAAAUUCCCUCUCUUUUCCACAUAUCCCAUGUCGUUCAUUGAGGAUCUCGUGCCCUUCUUUUUUAUGGACCCAAAAAUUAGAGAAAAGACGGGGGCUUUCUCUGAUACCGUUAUGCUAAAACUUUAUCAAUCUGUUUCCAAUACUACAUGUGGCAGUGCUGAUGAAGAGAUAGAAGGCUGCCGAGACAGCUCGGCUGCUCUUACCCUUAAAAUCGUGGCUAUCUCUGCUAUCCUAAUAGCUAGUACUUGCGGAGUUGGUAUCCCGUUAGUUGGCAAGAAGCAUCGGUUCCUCCGAACUGACUCUAAUCUCUUUCUUGCUGUUAAAGCCUUUGCUGCUGGUGUCAUCCUCUCUACAGGCUUUGUCCACAUAUUACCGGGCGCCACCUCAUCAUUAACUAAUCCUUGUCUUCCGAAAUCUCCUUGGUUGAAAUUCCCUUUCGCUGGUUUUAUCGCCAUGAUGGCUGCAUUGACUACCUUGGUGGUUGACUUUGUUGGGACUCAGUAUUAUGAGAGGAAGCAAGAGAAACAAAGUCAAAAAGAUCAGAUUGAUUCAGCGGAUUUGGUGUCAGAAUCAGCUAUUGUACCGGUUGAACCAAAGGCAGGGAAUGAAGAAGACGGUGGUGCAAUACACAUUGUUGGGAUGCAUGCACAUGCAGCUCAUCACAGCCAUAGCCAUUCACAAGAACAAGGGGCAUGUCAAGGGAACGUGAGGGAGCAUUCCCAUGGUCAUUCGCACUCCCAUAGCUUUGGUGGUGGAAACGAGGAAGGUGGAGGGAGGCAUGUUGUUGUUUCUCAGGUCUUGGAGCUGGGAAUAGUAUCACAUUCUCUCAUAAUAGGCAUAGCAUUGGGUGUUUCAGAAAGUCCGUGCACAAUAAGACCCUUGCUCGUGGCCUUGUCGUUCCACCAGUUCUUCGAAGGUUUUGCCUUAGGAGGCUGCAUCUCACAGGCACAGUUCAAUUCCCUCCGUUCCACUAUAAUGGCAACGUUUUUCGCCGUAACAACGCCCUUGGGAAUUGCUAUAGGGAUUCUAGCUUCUUCGUCGUACAAUCCACAUAGCCCGAGAGCUUUGGUAGUGGAAGGGAGCCUUAACUCUAUAUCUGCUGGAAUUUUAAUCUACAUGGCUUUAGUAGACCUAAUUGCUGCAGAUUUCUUGAGUAAGAGAAUGAGCUGCAAUACAAGGCUUCAAAUAGUAUCUUAUUUUGCACUAUUCUUAGGGGCUGGACUCAUGUCCCUUCUUGCAAUAUGGGCAUGAUAUUGCAUUUUAUUAGUAUAUGCAUGUAUUUUUUUAAAAUUUUUUUUUUUUUUUUUUGUAUUUUAUUAACCACAAAAAAGCCAAGCAAGCAAUUGUUUUACCAUUUCUUUUUUUUUUUUCUUGAUUUUACUUUUUCUAAUCCUUGGGAGGAUGUUGUUGUGGGCCCUGGUUGUGGAAGGGUGCUUUUGUAAUAGGUAUGGCACCCUGUUAGUAGGGUUGAAGUUGAAGUUGCAAACUGAAAAGAUAAAAGAAGAGAAAUAUUGCAUUUAAUUCAUGCAAUCAAAUAAUAUAAAGUUCUUUUCUA